UGCCGCGCGGUUUUUUAAAACAACAUUUAUAAAUGAAAUAUUUGGUUUGUUUAGUUGUAAAAUACGCUUGAAAAUUUUAAGGUUUUAUCCAUGGCAUCUGAAGGAAAAGAGGAGCCCAGUGAAGAGCGUAGGGGAAGUGGCACCCCUGAUUUCUCGGAUCAAGAGCAAGAUUUUGCUCAAAAAGCUCUGCAGCAAUUUGAAGCAGCUAAUUACGAUGCUUGCCUUAGCAGUCUGUCCAAACUGGAGGAGCUCCGACCAAAAGAUACAAAAGUUUUGCAUAACAAGGCUGUGGCAGAGUUUUACAAAUCAGGGUGUGAAAGAACUGAUGACUUAUUGAAAGCUUUAAAUGGCCUUAAAAAGAAGAUGAACCACAAAAAUUCAAGCGACCAAGAGGCCAACUCUGAAGCCUUGGAUGUGGAAAAAGCAGUUUUGCUUUACAACAGAGCUGUUUACUGUUUUUAUGUGAAGAAGUAUGUUGAUUCUUUGCGAAACUUAGAAAGACUUUUCAAAAUAGUUGAAUCUCUAGAUAAAAACCUUGCCCAGAAUGUGUGUUUUCUUCUUGUUGAAGUUUACCUUAUCACAUACCAGACAGAAAAAGCUACCGCAGUUUUAAAUUCACUGGAAAAACUUCUGUAUGACCCGACAAAACAAGCUUCAGAGAAUGGCAAUGAAGAUGGGAUAAAGAAACCAGAGACUGACAUCCCUCAACCAGAUGAUGAACAGAAACUAAGAUUACACAAGUACAAGGCAAGAGUGCACUUGCUUCAGAAAUCUAUAAAAGCUUGUAAGAAAGAGAUCAAAACCAUCAUGAAUGUCAACAACAUGGACACUGAAGGGCUUUUCAUCAAAAGCAAUUUUGAAUAUGUUCGUCAUAAUGAAAGGAAAGCAGUGAAAAUCCUGAACAGUGCUUCUAAAGACAAUCAAGUUUUAAAAACUGGGGAAUCAAUCUCCGCAAUGUACUUCAAUAAUCUGGGCUGUCUUCAUUUUCAAAUGCAAAAGUACAACCUGGCAUCCUUCUAUUUCUGUCGUGCCAUUGCAGAGAACGAGAAAGCUCUUGCUUUAAUUUCAGCUGAUAAAAGCAACCCGCUGAACGGCAGGCCGCUAUGUACAUUAUCGCUCAACUGUCGUUACCAUUUGCUGUACAAUCUUGGCGUUCAAAUGUUGCAUGAUGGCCGGCCUCUGCUUGCUUUUGAUUGUCUUAUUGAGUCUGUGCAAGUCUAUCAAUCCAAUCCAAGACUAUGGCUGCGUCUGGCUGAGUGUUGCAUCAUGGCUUACCACAUGUCAAUUAUUGAAGAGAAAACAGUCGAUGAUUCCAGAAAAAGCAAUCUCGUACAUUCAGUCGUGGGUAGCGGACUCUUCCGAAAAGUGGUCCUGGAAACGCCCAAGGAGCAUUGCAACAAGAAUACGUGAGUACAUUGAUAAGAAAGGUUUUACUUUACUGUUUUGAGGAA